AUGGCGUUGACUGUGAAGCAGCUCAAUGCGGAUGCUUCCUUCCUCCUCACCUUUGAGCCCAUUGUGCCCGAGUCACUUCCUGGCAUUGCUCCAAGACCGUUCAGAAUUUUGAUGGACCCAUGGAUCACAGGGCCUUCCACCAUAUUUCACUCGAUCCUGUCAACCGCAACACACAAGGAGUGCCCAUGCGUGUGCUCCCUACAGCAUCUCCCGGAGCCCGACCUCGUCAUCAUCAGCCAGCACAAGAGCGACCACUGCAAUGAGGCAACGCUCCGCCAGCUCCCGGCCAGCGGCACCAGGACGCUGAUAUUGGCGGAACCGGCGGCGGCCAAGGUGAUCCGGAGCUGGAAGUACUUCGACAAGGAUAAGGUCUUUGCGAUUCCGCGGUGGGAAGAUCCGCAGGCCACGGGGAAGCAGACGGUCAUCCGGGUGAAGGUGCCUCCCUUUUUCCCGGGCGGCGAGCCGGGUGAGGUCACAGUCGCCUUUAUCCCACAGCGGAGGGACUUCAAGGGCUUGCACGCCGCCAUCGGCAUCACGUACCGCCCGCCACCGACGUGGCCGCGGUUCCCUCACCUCAUGACGCCCCCAAGAACACCAGUCUCGCUACGGACCACGGCCAGCGCCUCGUCCCUUCGAUUGGGAUCUGGAUCUCACCACCACCACCAAAAGACAAAGAACUCGUCCGCCUACCUCAGCCUGCCGACGCCGCCCGAGACACCGCCCAGCAGCCGGUCCCUGCGCUCCGUCCGGUCCGCCGCGUCCAUCACCCCAGACGCCCGCGACCGACGAGCCGUCUCGCUCAUCUUUUCGCCGCACGGCAUCUCGUACCGCUGCCUGGAGAAGUACGCCCACACGCACCUCAAAGCCGAGGCCGCGCUGCCGCUGACGGCGCUGCUGCACUGCUUCGAUACCGUGUCGAAUCCCUGGUGGCUCGGCGGGAAUAUCUCGGCGGGCAUGCCGGCGGGCCAGGAGACUGCGGCGGCGCUCGGGGCGAGGGCGUGGGUGAGCACGCACGACGGGGAUAAGGAUGUCAGGGGGUUGGUGACGAAGAUGCUGCGGACGAAGAAGUAUACCCAGAAGCAGGUCACCCAUCAUUCUUCUUCUUCUUCUUCUUCGGGGGAAAGAAAGCGCGGCGACAGGCUGGAUCGCGAGAGGGCUAGCGACCAGGACAAGAGGGACAAGGCCAAGGGGUCCAAGAGCACCGACGUUCUUGUCCUCGGCGUCGGCGAGGAGGUCGCCAUGACGAGGGAAGGCGUCUGGAACGUUGAGCCCGGCGCGGGGGUUCUCUCCUCCCCUCCGCCUUCGUCUUCGUCUUCGUUGUCCAAGAGUCUGCUUGGGAACGGAAAGGGGUUGAAGGGGCGGGCGAGGGGACGGGGCUUGCCGCCGGUUGAUACCACGGCUAAAUAUGGGCCCCGCUGA